UAAUUAAAUAAAUAUGCUUUCUUUUGUUAAUUAAUAGUUCUUGCUUAAUCAAUAAUUUGUUUGGGAAAAAUUCGAUAUAAGAAAUACUAUUGUACACAUAGUUGAAGUUGUUCUUGUUAAAAAAAGUCAUCUUUUGUAAAAUUUGGAAGUUAUUUUUGAACAUUCGUUUCCUUAAGGACAAGUUAUGGGAGAUUAUGUACAUUUUCAUAGUCUUUUUAUGCAUUUAUUAGAACUUAUUUUCAUAGAAGACUAAGAAAAAAGAAAGAAUUCAUCAGAACAAAAAAGAGAAGUAAGGAUAGACUGCAAAUUAAAAGAAAUAAGUAAAAAUGAUGGAAAUUAUGUUCUUUUAUUUGAUUUUAUAUUCAAAUGUGAAGAAAACUAAGAAAUUAUUUUAUAAAAAGCCAUAAGAAAAAGUAAAAAUAUAAAAUAUUUUAUUGAGCCAAAAAAGUUUUUGAAAAAAAAAUACGGUGAAAUUCUCGUUGAUUUUUUCAUUGUUUAAAAGCUUGAAGGAAAUAUUGAUUUUUUCUCUUAUUAAGAUACUUAAGAUAAAAAAAUUAUUUCUAUUGAAUUAAAUUUUAAAACUAUUCAAAUGCUUAAUUUAACUCCUUCUAAUACUACAUAAAAAUUAAAUUAUUUGGAUUCUUCUAAUCGCAUUUAAAAUUAAAUUUUAUUGAAUCUAACGUUUUUAAGAGAAAAUCUUAAUAAUAAAAAUAUAUUUUAAUGGAAAUUUUAAGAAGAAAAUAAAUGUACUAAAAAAUAAUACAAAAAUACUUUGAAAUAAAGCUCUAUAAUACCUUAACCGAAAAAUAUUAACAAAUAAAAAAUUAUUGAAUAAUCUUCUUAAAAAAUCAGAAAAAAAAAUUCUAUUCAUUUAUCUAGUUAGUAAUCACUUAAAGGCGAAUAGAUUUUACAAGAACUAAAAAACUAUAAUUCAAUUUAAAGCGAGAUUAUUUAAUUAAAUAAUUAGUAAAAUCACAAAAAAACUAAAAGUGAGAAAUUAAUAAUUUAUAACUAAUAAAACUAUUAAAAAAAGGAAAAUAAAACUUAGGAAAAUAUCAAAAGUAUUUCAUGUUCUAGGUAGAAAAUAAAAACUUCCCAAAAAGAAAUUCUUUUAAACAAAAAUUAAAAAAAAAAAUAACUUGAUUGUAUCAUUAAAAUUUUUGGAUAAUAAAACAUUAAAAAUAUUGUUUCCGAAUCAAUAAAUAAUUUAAAAAAAUCUUUUUUAUAAGAAAGUUAAAUAAUACUUAAAUAAAUAUUAAAGUAAUCCGUUAUUUUUAAAGACCAAUAAGUAAAAAAAAAAUCUAACAAAAAACAUAAUUUUAAUAUAGAUUGACAUAAAAGAAAUUAUAUAAAAAAAAAAAAGCUAAAAAUCUUCUUACUAACUAAGUGAUUCAGAACCAAACUAAAAUAAAAUUUUACCUAAGUUAUUUUAAAGACGUUAAAUUAGAAAUUUAACUUUUUUAGAUUA